AUGGAAAAAACAGAAGAACACGAGUGCAAUAAUAUUCCAUGCGAAAUAUAUGAUAAGGAUCAUUUAGAUUUUCGGGAUGAUUUUCUUUUAUGUUCGACAUGUCCUAACAUUUCACCAUAUCAUAAGGAAGGAUAUUUGUCGAAGAAAUUUUCCAAUUCUUGGUGCGGUUUUAAAAAAAGAUGGUUUGUCUUGAGAAAUAAUAAAUUAUAUUACUAUAAGAAUGAAAAAAGUUUAAGACCUUCUGGAGUCUUGGAUCUAGAUAUCAUUAAUAUGAAUCUAUAUUACGAAAAUGGGAGUACCGCGAAGACUAAAACUGAUGAUUGUUUCUUAUAUUGCAUUCAAUCACGAGAAAAUAAAAAUCAUAAAAAAAUCCAAUCAUAUUUAACUUUAAACCCUAAAAAUACCGAUAUUAAAUUCCACUUAAAGGGUGAUGAUACAGAAAUAUAUAACUGGUACCAAUUAUUAAACAAUGCGCUAUGUCACAAGAAGGUGUUGAAUCAACCAGAAUUUAUUUUUACUGAUUGUAAUUUCUGGAAAAUACAUAGAAUAUCAGUUGACGUUUUUGAAUCUAUAGCCGAUACAGGUGAUAUAGUUUUAUUUAGGUCUGAUGUGACAGUUGCUAGAUUACAAAGAAUUUUUACGCGUGGUGAAUAUGACCACAUAGGCAUGAUCUUAAGAAAUGAUAGAAAUAACUUAUUCAUAUUAGAGGCCCUCUCAAAUACUGGUAUAAUCUUGACACCUUGGAAACUAUUUAAAGAAAAUAAAUGGAAUGAAAUAUAUAGCAGACUUACUUUGAGAAGAUUAACGUGGGAUAAUUCAGAAGAAAACCUACAAAAAUUAUUAAGUUUUUUAAAAGAUGCCAUAGGAAAAAAAUAUAGCUUGAAAAUAAUAGAUUUUAUAGCACCUCAAUUUGAUGAUAGUAGUGGGUAUUUCUGUUCGGAACUCAUAGGAGAGUGCUGGAAGGUAAUGGGUGUUAUACCUGAGGACACAUGUUGUAGUUAUAUAUUUCCAAGUAAUUUUUCUGAAAAACUAGAAGACAAAAUUAAGUUACAAUCAGGAUGUCAAUUAAAUAAUGAACUUCUUAUAGAUUUCAGUUUAUAG